AUGCGCUUGGCUAGACACUACGACAUUUUUUUCUUUUGCGAGAAUGGAGAGACCCGAGCUGGUUCUCUUCGUUGCACGUGCCUCUACGAAGAGGAGGGUUGGCAGGAGUAUUUACAAGAAAGCCUUGCGUACACAUGUGACGCCUACGUGAGGCACUAUGGCCCCCUUUCAGAGGAACUGCUUUUCCUUAUCUUCGCCCAAUCUUCCAACAGGAGAUUCCCUUCUGGACCCAUGCCAAGAACCAUCACCGAGCUCCUCGCCCGUGGCAGGGAGACUGGGCGGCCCGUUGUCUUAGUGAUAAAUGGAUGGGACGACCUUUCUAUGAACCCAAUAGUGUUGGUAGAUCUCUUCGAACGAUGGAUGAAUGAGGUCAAUAUAACUCUUCGGGUAUUUGCGGGCGACCCGCGAAAGUUCUUUGAGGUUUCCGUGGUGAAUGCAAUAGAGGCGAUACGGGGGGAUCAUGAAGACGACGAUGAAGCUCCAGCUCUUCCUUCCGACACAAAGACGUUCGUCGAUAGGCCGACUCUAACGGUCAUAAUGAUUCUUUCCGAGGCGAAGAGUCCUUCAUCAGAGCUCGGUGAUGCGGAAUACGGCGCGUCAAUAGAAGACUCGCCUUAG